GCAAAUAUCGAAUCGCAUUGUCACAAAAAAAAAAAAAGAAAUAAACAUAAUAAAAAUUUCAUCUUCAGCGCAAUGCAAAUGUUUUUAAAAGUGUACUAAACACACAUGUUUUUGAAAAAUAGUUAAAACUGAAAAAAAAACAUAUAUGCGGGUAUAAAUUAAAGAAAACUAGUUGUUUGUAGCGAUUGCGUACAAAGCUAACAACUAGAUAGUGGUUUUGAAAUAUAUUUCCAAUGUGCAAUAUUGAGUAUUAAGCCGAAACUGGCAAAAAAAUAUAUAUAUAAUAUAUGCUAAAUACAGUUGAUUGAUACGUGAGAUCAGAUUGCAAGCGUGAAAGCAAACAAAUUUGUAGAAAUAGUACCAGGGAAAGAAAAAAUUCGCUUAACGCUCAACUUUUGAUUGGCGCGCAAAUUUUUUCCAACGCUGAUAUCAUUUUGUACAUUUUUGUAUACAUAUACACAAUCAAAAUUUUUAAAAAUAUAGAUAUGCAAUGUAAAGUUUACUUGAAAAUCUAAAUACACCAAAUGUUACAGAGUGACUCUUGAAGCAACAUUAUUCACCUUUCGAAACGCUCGUACAAGCACUACGAAAUUGUAAUGGAUUAAAAAGUUUCACGCAUAAAUUACAUAAAUUGGUAUGUGAAAUGAAAUAUAAAUAGAGUUGACAUUUAUUGUUGCCAGAGAUUUAUUAAAAAAUACACAAAACUGCACUUUGUAACAUUUAAAAAAAAUUUAGCAUAAGCAGCAAUUAAAUUCGCAACAGUGGAAAGGACGUUAAGAUGUGAUUAGCGUAAAGCUGCAUAUGAAAUUACUCAAAUAUCAAAAAAAAAAAAUUAUAAUAACAAAACGAGAUCAUUGAUUAGUAUUAAUGAUAAUAUUAAUAAUUUUAAAGAUAUAGCAAAAGCACACUUAAUUCUAAAACUAACAGAAUCACAAUCACAAUACUAUAACAUACUUAUAAAUAAAUACUUAUGUAUAUUAAAUAUAUGUACGUAUAUACAAAAUUAACACAUAUUUUCUUAAUUUCAUAACAUAACCAUCUAGCACAAUUUCGUUUGACUAUUAUUAAGAUUGUUAAAAAAUUAUUUGAAUAUACGUACGUGCAAACUUAUGUAUGUAUAACGUAUGUGGGCCCGAACCGAGUACACAGUCGUCCAUCUGCAAUUACCGUGUUUCUGAGCUAUUAUUUUGGUAUCGUAAAAAAUUAGGUUGAAUUUGUUUACAAUUUGAAAUUUUAAUAAAAUAAAUUUUGCUAUAACCUUAAAGUAAAUGAUCAACACUACGAAAAUAUUCAUCAUUAAAAUUUCUUCCGCUAUUCGGUGUGGAAAUAGCUUUACUGUUUGAAUCUCUAAAGAAAGUUGUGUUCAUAUUUCAAUCUACAAUAAUACACUGCAAAUUAAACUAUUUCCUGCUACGUCACAAUUAUUUGUAAACUAAUAUAUCUCAAAUAACCAGCUGCUUUGUGCCAUAUUUGUGUAUACGAGUUUUGAGUGUAUUUUAUUUAAAACGUCACUAUACCAACACUUCAACUACCAGUGAUUAAAUUUAAAAAUGUACAGAAGCAAAAAUGUCAGAAAAUAAUCUUAAUUAAAUUUUUUUUUAUUAUUUCUAUACUUUUUGUCAAGCACCUCUUAAAAGUUAUUAUUUAUUUAAAGUUAAUAUUUUUUAAACUAUUUUUAUUUGUAUUUUAAAUUCUAAUUUAAUUUUCAAUUUUAUUCGAUUCAUAAUUACCAAUUUUCCGUAGCAGUUUAGUGUUACCAAAUUGCUUUUACAGCAUUUUGACCUUUAUAUUAUUAUUUUUUCAAAACAACUCCUAGAUUACAAAUAGCAUUCGCCUACUAAAGCAAUUCUAAAAGUUAAUAAAAAAUUAAUAUAUAUAAUACAUAUAUAUAUAUAUAUAUAUAAAUUGUAAUUUAUAAGCAAAAUAAUGUUAAUUAAAUUUUAAGUGUCUAUGAUAUAAGAGUACACGCAUGCAUUGUAUCAUUGAACAACAACUACAACACCAAUAUCACGAUUCCUUAGCUGGACAAUUUCCUCAAAAGAAAAACAAAAAAUAAUAACUAAAAGUUCACUACUAAAAUCUAUUAGCACUUUUACAUCACCUACAUAUUUAUAUAAUAUAUAUCGUGCACUAUGUAUGGCAAAUAUGUAGCUACAUAAUAUAUGCAUAACAUGUAUUGUACUACAAAUGUUUACAUACAUACAUACUAAUAUAAAUACAUAUGUAAAAUUACUCCCAUUACAAAUAAAUUCAUAAUUCAACAUACACUUAGGUCAAUCAUUAAAAAUCUACAAACGCAAACUUCUCAAACUCUUUCCAAUUUAGUCAUAAAAUCUUAAGGGCAAAGUUGCGUACGAACAAAAGUUAUUAACAUAAGCUAAUACAAAACAAAGGAAAGCGAAAAGAAUAUUGCAAAUGAAAAGUCAGUAUAAAAAUAGCAUAAAUAUUCAUUCCGUAUUGGGGCUUUAAUAAAAUUAAAAUACAAUCUCUUCUAAGAGAAGUUAUUAAAAAAAUAUAUAAGGUUACACAUAAAUAAAAUAAAAUAAAAUACAUCAUAUGUAUCAUAAAAAUAUAACAACAUGGUACAGCUGAGAGGAAUAUUGAUUUAAUGAAUAAUGAACCUAGUUACAUUUCUACUAAACUAACUUAACUAAACUAUUGUAACUUAACUUACUAAACUAUAGAAACAAAGGAAUGAAGAAAUACCAACUAUGAAAACGCUAUGUGGAAUACAUUUUUUUACUUAUACAUCUACUUAUAUUUUAAACUUAAUAUAUUCAAUUUUAUGAAUUUAAAUUAUAUACAAAUAAAAUAAUCAACAACAAAGCAAGAUAUUGAUGAAAUCCGAAAUAAAGAAAAACGAAAUGUCUUUUACUUACACAGCUACUAAUUUUCGUGAAACCCAGUGCAAGAUAUUUGAAUUUGAUUUGUAAAGUCCUUCUAAUAGUUUAACGAAAGGCAACUGACAAAAAAGCUAUUUCCUUUGUAAACGCUUGUUGCAGAAAUUCAACAUAUUAUUAAAAUUAGAUAAUGCUUUUAUAUAUAGCUAAAUUACUUACCAACAUUUAAAUGUUUAUGAAUUAAUAGGUUUAUAAAAAAAGCGCUACAAAAAUUUUUUUUCACAAAUUUCAUGUAUGACGGCCAUGCCACGUUUUAAAUUAUUUUGUUGUUUUAUCUCUUUUGCUAAAGCAACGUUAUUUCGUUUUCCGGCCAUAACUUACACAUCUACCGGAAACUAGGCAAACUAUUGAACAAAGCAGAUAAGAUUUUCGAACUACGAAAUAGCAUAACGUAGAAACGUAUUAAAUUGCAACACUGUACGUAAAUAUCAAAAUUACAAUAGCAACUCUUAUCAAAAACAUUUAGCUGUCACUUUGGUCAACAGUUGUUUUAGCUAAUUUUGUGAGUGAAAAGUGUAGAUUUAUUGUAUAUUCCUGCAAUUAAAGAGUAAACAAUAUGCCUUGUUGGUAUUGGGAUAAAAAGGAGCUGCGUGAUACACCAUCCAUUUUGGAUGGAAUAUCGUUUGAAACUGAACGCCGCUACCGCAAAGAGGGCGCACGCUUUAUAAUGAAUUGUGGCACAGAGAUGGGACUAGGUCACAACACUAUGGCUACCGGUGUAGUGUAUUUUCAUCGCUUUUAUAUGUUUCAUUCCUUCAAAAGUUUUCCAAGAUAUGUUACUGCUUGCUGUUGCCUCUUUCUUGCUGGUAAAGUUGAAGAAACACCGAAGAAGUGUCGUGACAUAAUAAAAAUAGCAAGGACUUUGCUGUCAGAUACCUAUUUUUAUUCCUUCGGAGAAGAUCCCAAAGAAGAGGUUAUGACAUUGGAGCGCAUUUUGCUGCAAACUAUAAAAUUUGACUUGCAAGUGGAACACCCCUACACAUUUCUUUUAAAAUAUGCGAAAUGCUUCCGUGGUGAUCAAGUGAAAUUACAAAAAAUGGUGCAAAUGGCUUGGAAUUUCGUUAAUGACUCCCUUAGCACAGUUGUAUGCUUGCAAUGGGAACCCGAAAUCAUCGCAGUAGCACUUAUCCAUCUUGCCAGUAAGCUGAGCAAAUUUACAGUCGCCGAUUGGGCUGGACGUCAACCGAAUCAUAACCGUUGGUGGGACAUGUUUGUAUCAGAUGUAACAAUGGAGAUACUUGAGGAUAUAUGCCAUCAAGUUUUAGACUUAUAUCAACCCAACCAAAAAGAGACACCUGAAUCCAAUAGUCCACCGCAAAAACCACCUAGUCGCGCAGAUAGUCCUACACCAACAAAACCUGUCAUUACCAUUGCCAACACAGGUUCACCCGCUGCAAAAUUAAAACCAACACAACCUAGUACUUUUAACUCAGCCACAAUUGCGCAAUCCGCGAUACCAGCUGCUAGUGAGCUAAGUAAUAUUCAGACCAUUAGAUCAUUGGCAAAUUCUGGCCCAGUUCCACCCACAGUAGGAGAACCUGCCGCUAUACCUACGGUCGGUAUGGCCUCAACUUAUCACAACAUGUAUCCGCCACCUUCAUCAGUAACUGCGCAUCCAAUACACUCGCUUUAUAAUUCAUCAGUUCCUGCUCCACCUCAACCGCCACCACAUAAUUACGCAGGUCCUGGUGGACCAUCAAAUGUCGUACCACCACCACUUCCACCACCUAUAGCACCAUAUAAUAUGGCACCAGCAGCACCAUGGGGAGGCCCAGCUUUGAAUACAAAUUCACAUUACCCAUCAAAUGUACAACCGCCUAUGCCACCUGGACCAAGUGGUGGGGGCUCACAGCACGGAUACCAGGGAACUUCUCAAUAUUCGCGACGUAAUUACAUGUGAUUUACAUUCUCAUUAAACGCGAAUGUGUAUUCAUGCAAAGCAGGUUAUAGAAUAUUAAGAGGUCUACUAAUCGCGUUAAUGAAUAUUUGAUACAUAUAAGAGAUAAUAAAAAAUAAAGACAACUAUAAAAAAAA